UGUCUGUCUCUCUCUCAAAAAUAAACAUUAAAAAGUAAAAUAAAAAAUAAAAUAAAUCUUAAAAAAAUAAAACACGAAGUUUAGAAAACCAAAUUUAUCAGGCUUAGGGGCCAGGGAAAGAAGGUGUAAGAAGUAGUAAGUCUGGGAUGACCCAGGUUUUGCUUCUGACUCUGUGCCCUUGGGCAAGACAUCAAACACCCAUGUCUAAGGAGGGUAUGGGACUUCGUGGCCACUCAAGUGCUGGGGCCUUCCUCGUGAGGGAAUACUAGUAACCAGAACCUUAAUCAGAUCUUUCUCACUAUUGCAGUAAAAUAGCUGAUGCUAAAAAUUAGACCCCAUGGCACUAGAGAUGCAGGAAAAUGAAUUCAAAUUCAAAAGAAAAGGUGUGAGAUCUAAGUUUAGGGUUAGGUAUUUCAUUGAGCUGAGUACAGCACCUGACAUAUAGCAGGCGUUUAAUAAGUGAAUGGAUGACAGGUGGAUGGACGGAUGGAAGGUCAGUCCUUCCCUGGUGGUGAUGGACCUGGGGACAGAGAAACCUGCAGUCGAGUCCUGAUCCACAUGAACACAGUGAAGGAGGCAAAAGUAUAGGCCUUAAUUUCUUCCUGUGUAAAAUAAAACCGAGAUGGCACUUCACAAGGUAAUGAGGAUUAAGUGAGAAAAUGCUUAGUUCAGGUCCUAGUACGUAGGAAGCACACAAUUUUGUGAUCAGAUCCUCUGAGGACUUCUCUGAGGAACAAAAAGGCUCCAGGGGCGAGAAGUGUGCAGGUCGGAAAUCUGUUAGCCUUCCAGGCUUCUGCUGGACUCUGUACCUUGUCUCUGAGAGUGGGACCUCUUUCUCCUGGGACCCACGAUGAGCUCAAGGACUCUAAGAUGAGGCCCAGAAGUUAAGUGGGCUCUGUGAGCCCCAAUUUCAGCCUCCUUUGCCCAGAAAACCAGCAGAGUCUUGGUCUGUGCAGCUGGGAGAAAUGGACCCAGGCCUGAGCACUGCGGGUGGGGCUGCUGUCAACGUCCUUUCUGCAGGAGGAUGGGGAAGCAGUGUCUGAGGUGAGGCUCAGUUGACCUUCCAGUGAAGUCUAUGUGUUGACCAGGAAGGCCUCAGCUCUUUCAGAAUUCCUAGGCCAGACCUGGCAACACAUUUGCGUGCAUUUAAGAUAUCUCAGGGAGACUUGUUGAAUGUAGCCGACUUUCAUAAAAUCUGGAAAACAAGAGGUCUUUCCAGCAACCCAUGGGGAUGUUCCUCGCUCUAAAUGAACAGUUUCUGGUUUAGGAAGGAGAACUUUCUAAUGUUAGAUUUCUCUUGGGCCUUUCCUUCUAACAGCAGUUUUUCCCCCAUAGUUCAGCUAAAAUUGAUGCAGGCAGAAGAGUAUUAGUGGGAGUGUACCUAUCAGCAUACAACCAUAUAUUUAUUGGUUAUGUGCCUCUAGGAAGCAAUCAAAAACUGACUGCUCAGCCACAAAAAUAUAUACAACUCAGAGAAGGGUGAGGGUUGCCUUUUGUAAGGUGAGGUCACCAUAGGGAGGUCAUAUCCAUUGGGCCAAAAGAGCUCAUUUUAGGACGCUGUGUUUUUUCGGUUGAGAAGCAGCCUAAUCUUCCCUAACCAUUCCCAGUUUAAGAGGUCUGAGAAUACUUCAGAAGUAAGACAAAGGAAAAUGUUCUACAGUCUCCUCCGGGUUACCCAAGGCCGAAUUCCCGCAGGCGGGGCAGGGGAAACGCAAAUCAGCGUGGCACUCUCUUUCACAAAACCUCCAGAGGGGAUGAAGCCAUUGAAGGGCUAGGGGUGAAUUCUCCUUAAUGCAUUUUUGCUCUUAAAGAAUAUUCUGUGGAGCCUUCAAACAGUUUUCCAUACUUCUGUCUCUGCAGAUUCCCCAGGCGGAGACGGUCGUAGGCCUUAAUAAGCCGUAUUAGUGACCACCAGAGACGGAAAUCGCUAAUUACGAAGUCCCCUUUGAUCUCCCCCAGCCGUUUGGUUCCCGACACUGGAGGUUCAGGCAUCUAUGCUUUCUUAGAACUGGAUGCGACUAGCGAGCCUUAGAGUCCGACCUCGGGCCUGCAGUUUAACUUAUGCGCCGAGGUCUGGAUCAGAUUUUAAAAAAUUUCCAGACUGCCCAGAUUUUAAAACCAGCCACAGAGCUAGUGUGCGGCUGGAAGCUAACAAACGCCCAAGUAUCUGAUUAAUUUCAGUAACUCAGGACCUCCGCGCUUUAAAUUUUGGGGGCAGAGUGGGGAAAUAAAUUAUUUAAAAUUUCCAAUUCGCUGCCUUUCUCCCCUUCUCCAUCUUCUGCUUUCAAUUCGUUUGUGGGAAAUGGAGUUUUCUCCUCUAUGCUGGGACUGUAAUGUGAUUCGGGAUCACUUGUGAAAUGAACAGAAGUCACCACCGGCAAACGGGACCACUGGGGCAGAACGCUGACGGCAGGCCGGAGGUGAGAGCAAAGGCUGGGCCUCCGAGGAUAAUUAGAAGCCAGCCUCCUCCCCGCCUGGUCUCCGUGGCCCCCCUUCAUCUUCCAGGUAAGAUGAAUGGCCCUUCAUCCAUCAUCCACAGCCCAGCCUCCUCCCCCAGGCAAGCGGAGAAUCUGCUACCCUAAGAAACCUAUUAGCCCCGAAUUGGGCAGCUUUGUGGAGCCAACCGAGGCUCUCUAUUGUGGCCUUUGUCUGCGGAAUUUAAGCAUUUACAUGACGCAUUAGCACGGAACUCCGCGCAGGGUCGGAACACCGCGUGCCAAACCUGGCGCGGACCGCGAGUUAGCAGCUCCCUCACCCGGCUGCUCCCGGGGACCACCCUCGCCGUUGCGCCUGGGUCACGCUGUAGGCGCUCUGGCAAGGAACGCCAUACCACAUCCUUCCUUGGCCACCUCCGAGCGGCUGCGCUUUGAAAGAAAUCGGCGACGUUCUGGUGGGUGAACCCGAGCUGGGUCCAUCUGAGCCUGAAGCCAGAGAAAUAAACUUGACUUUAAUCCAGUUCUCCAGGCCGUCGUUGGGGGCUUCGCCGUUUUUCAGCUUACCGUUUGGAGCCGUGCGCUCAACGGUCACUGGUGCCUCCGAAUGCAGAGGCUUCUUGGGUUCUAUUCGCCAGUUUGCGGGACCUGGACGCCGACCCGCGCACCAGCUGAGAGCAAAAAGGAUUCGAGCAAAAAGCAUUUAAAGGGGAGAACGAUCCGCGGCGCGUGGGACUACGGCUCUAGGGAAUUUAGGAAGGAAUCCGCAAGCUUUGGAGGCACGCACUCUUCGCAGAGUAAAUGCAAACAUUUUAGUAAGGAUGAAGAACCCAAUGCUGGAGGCACUGUCCCUCUUGCUGGAGAAGCUGCUCCUCAUCUCCAACUUCAAGCUCUUCAGUUCCGGCGCCCAGAGCGAAAACAAGGCGAGGAACAGUUUCUAUGAGAUCAGCCGUUUCCUGCGCGGCGACGUGCUGGAGGUGCCGCGGACCCACCUGACCCACUACGGCAUCUACCUGGGCGACAACCGUGUCGCCCACAUGAUGCCCGACAUCCUCUUGGCCCUGACCGACGACAAGCGGCUCACCCAGAAGGUGGUCUCCAACAAGCGUCUCAUCCUGGGCGUCAUCGGCAGGGUGGCCAGCGUCCGCGUGGACACAGUGGAGGACUUCGCCUACGGAGCCGACAUCCUGGUCAAUCACCUGGACAAGUCCCUCAAGAGGAAGGCGCUGCUCAACGAAGAGGUGGCGCAGAGAGCGGAGAAGCUGCUGGGCUUGACUUCCUACAGCCUCCUGUGGAACAACUGUGAGCACUUCGUGACCUACUGCAGAUUCGGCACCCCGAUCAGCCCCCAGGCUGACAAGUUCUGUGAGAAUGUGAAGAUAAUUAUUCGUGAUCAGAGAAGUGUUCUUGCUUCAGCAAUCUUGGGAUUGGCGUCUAUAGUCUGUCUGGGCUUGGCAUCGUAUACUACCCUUCCUGCAAUUUUUAUUCCGUUCUUCUUAUGGAUGGCUGGCUGACUUCAUAUCCCCGUGUCAGUGUGUGUAUUCUGUGUGUAAAUAUGUUUAUAUUUAUAGAGCACAAAUCAGUAUAAGCAUCUUCAAGAAAAAUGUGACCUGUAACACUGUGUUCUGGAUAAAAAUGUGAUUAAGAAUCACACAGAGUGCUUACUGUGUAAGCCCAAGAACAAAGGCUUUCUCAAUCUUCUCAGGCAGUUGCAUUUCAAAGCACUGUGCAAAUCUUGGAAACAUGGCAACUUGUAAUAGAGUUCAACAUUACAAGAGAACCAGCCCGUAAGGUGAUGACCGCAGGAGAUUAUUUGCGUGUUUGUUGUUUGUUUUUUUUUCCUCUUGUAAUCCUUGCUCUUGUUAGACCUGAAUUUGAAGACUAUAAGAUUCCUUGAUUGAAAUCACUAACUUUAUUAUAAAUGUAUUCUUUUUCAUUGAAAAACUUACAUUAAACUAAAAGAAUUUCCCUCAUUCAGUUGAAAACAUGUUUGAUGAUUGGCAAAAAAAAAAAAAUUCAUAGUCUUUUUUUUAAUGUAUUCUAUGCAAUUCCCAGUAAGUCAAGAAUAUUUUCAUUACUUGAAACCAUGUUGGCAAAGUUAGAGUUUAAUGAUAAAAUAACGACUGGAACUGUAGAAAUUUGUGUUUUCCUGCAGAAAAAGCUCCUAUAGCAUCAGUUGAACAAUUCGAUUUGACUUUACUCACUAGGAAGCCUGGCAUUCAGUUUUUUCUUUUCCUUUUAUGUGUCACUGGGGUUACUUUAAACCACUCUGAGAAGUAAAUGGGUAUAGGAUUGAAAUAAUUCGGGUAUUUGGAGUGUGUGUCAAUCAAACAUGCAGAUGUCCACAUAUACAUAGACGGAUGAGAGACCAAUUUUGUUCUUGAUUGCUUUAUUAUCCACCAGUGUGGUUACUUCGGCAUCUGCAGAAGUGAGUGUAAAAGUAAUUUUAGUCUGUGUUCUCAUGUCUAUGGUAUGGUUUGCAUAUAUGUCAUUGGGUGGUUUACCUUUUUAAGCACUUACUAAUGUACUGUAUAAUUUUUAAAAGCCGUCAGAUUUGUCUUCUAACAGGUUUCUUCAUUUCAUUGCAAAGUACAGUUUAUAUCCUUCAAAGAAGGAUACCACAAAGAAAUAACUAUUAGAAGUGGUUUUUGAGUGUCUUAGUAACGCCAGGCAUGUAAAAUUGGUUACACUGAGGCUGUGUUAAUAUCAGAGUUGAGAUGUAGUCCUGUUAAAGCAAGCGUUCAAGUAGUUUUGCAGAAUUACCAAAUUGUAAAAACUAAGCCACAAGCUAGACUUGCAUUUCAAAUAUUAAAAUUUCUUUAUAAACUAUCAAGAAUCACAAAAUAAUGAGUCACAUGGUGAGCGUUAGGGGGAGAGUGGGGUCAGUCACUCAGUGAUCCAAUCAGAACAAAUUUAAUAGCAGAUUUUAUAUUCUGUUGGAAUUUAACAUUCAGUUGGAGUUUAAUAAUAAUUAAACUUUGUUUAAUUUAAAUGUUUUAAAUAGUUAAAACAUGAAAUGGUAACACUACAGAAUAAAGUUUCUCUGGGCAUAUUCCAACCACUUAAAAUUAUUUUAAGUAUGUAUACACUAUGAGAACUCCAUUGUAUUAGUGGUUUUUCACUUACUGUUAUUACCCUCGGAGCAAGUGUUUAAAUAAAUUGAUCUUUUAAAAACACGAUGUCCUUCUAAAUAAAUGCCUUUUAUUUA